UCUCUCUCUUCCUGAAACGUCUGAAAGCGAUAGGCGAAGGAAGAGAAUUUCGAAGUCUGAUAGAGAUAGAGAGAGAGAGAGAGAGAGAGAGAGAGAGAGAGAGAGAGGUCUUAUCCAAUCCAAUGAAAGCAAUGAAAGCACGAAAUCAGAGAUUUUUUGAGUCUCUCGACGACGGAGAAGUGUUCCUUCCUUUUUAAAUCUUUUCCUCGUUGUCUUCUUCCGCUUCUUGCACCCAAUCGGCAUUCUCCUCGAUUCCCGAGUCUCUCGACGAUCCAUGUCACGUGAUCUCUCUCCUUCCUCCUCCUAAAUAGAGUGAGAGGGACGCUCAAUGUGUUGUUGUUGCAGAGAAGAACUUAGGGACCUCUCUUAUGGCGUCGCUUACGCAAGGCGUGCUCUUGAAACUACUCCAGCAUGCCAGCGACAAAAAUGUUAAGGUCACCGGUGAGCACCGUUCGCCUCUCUUGCAGGUGCUCGAGAUUGUCCCUGCACUUGCUGCCGGCGAUGAUCCCUGGCAGAGCAGAGGUUUCUUCUUGAAGGUCUCCGACUCUUUGCAUUCUGCUUACGUUUCUAUCUCCAAUGAAGACCUCGAUUUGAUCUUCAGUGAUAAGAUCCAGCUCGGUCAGUUCCUUCAUGUCUCUCGCUUCGACUCUGCUUACCCUGUUCCUGUGCUUCGUGGUAUCAAGCCUGUCCCUAAGAGGCGGCCUUGUGUUGGUAACCCUAUCGAUUUGGUCUCCAGCGACUGGUUGAUGGUUCGACCUAAUGUUGAUAUCCCAGCGGCGGCUCAGGUUUCGGAGAAUGUAAAGAGCGCCGGGAAGACAGAUGGAUUGAAGAAGACCAAGGUGAAGAGGUCGUCAGAUAUUGAAGACAAAACCAAGUCGAGACGAGCUUCGUUGGGAAACAAUGCGAGGGUGGAGGACCUGGAGUUGAGGAGACUAAGCUUGGAUACCAUGCGCAAGGGAUGGGACCAUAGCCCAGGAUCGAAGAAUGCCAACGGCGUACGUUCCUCCAGUUUCUCGGAUACUGCUUCUGUUCUUUCUGAUAAGAAGGCUUCUUCCAGGAGUAACUCUAAGAAUCAAUGUUUGAAGAACUCACCACCAUCAAAUAAAAGCAAUGACUUGUCACCGAUAAUACCAAAGGGGCCAUUAAAAGGAGAGAUCAAGCCCAAGGAGGGAAAUAGUCCAUGCAAUCUUGUAAAGGUUCCUGUUGGCACUAAAAAACCUUCGGAUCAAGGCAUUUCGUGGGAGUCACUGCCAUCUAGUAUUCAUGCUCUUGGAAAGGAUGCUUUGCGUUAUAGAAAUGCUGCAUUCGUUGCUGCAGUAGAUGCAUUACAAGAAGCUUCGGCAGCAGAGUGUAUAAUCCGAUGCAUGAGCAUGUUUUCGGAACUGUGCGACUCCAACCUGCAUGAUUCUCCUGGAAUCUUAGUGGAGCGAUUUCUAAACCUCCAUCAGAGCAUGCAGCAAGCAUCAACUGUUGUAAAUUCCUUAUUGGCAAUAAUAUCUUCUGAAGGGAAAACCAAUUCUACAUCACCGGAAGCCUGCACAAACUUUACUGGUAAAGCCAUGGAUGCUACAUCAUGGGUCCAAGCUGCUGUAGACACCAAUCUUUCCAACUUUUCUUUGUUUGUCAAGCAUGAUAGGAAAGAAACUCAACAAAAUGGAAAAUGUUAUUAUGUUGUCUUAGAAAAUUCUGCCUCAACUAAAGAUGUCAACCGUAACAGCCCCUCACCUCAGAACAAACAAAGCCCCAAAAUUCAGGGAAGCUUGUGUGAUUUGAACACCAAGAAGAUGCCUUCUCCUAGAAGGGGGGUUGUGGUUCCUGCAUUGAAGAAGACAAACACUGAGAAGGGGAAAUGUUUACAAGGAAGUGGCUUGAAAGAUACAGCAUCUCUAGCCAAGCGGCUGCUCUUGUUUUCUCGUGGAUGGUUCUUGAAAUACUUGGAGGAUUCAUUGAACAAUGGAUUUGGAUUAAAACAGGGGGAAGAACAUGAUGAGAUCACAGCUCUCCUUGGGCAGUUUAAAAGAGUAAAUCAGUGGUUGGAAGAUGCACUCGGUGACGACAUUGAGGUUAACAAGAGAAUAGAGAGUUUGAGAAAGAAACUAUGUGGAUUUCUACUAGAGCAUGUUGAUGCCAGCGCACUUACUAGUAGACAUGGAGUCUGCUCCUAGAAGGUCACUGUGUUGUUUUUCUUCAAAGAGUUCAGGCUAUUCAAAUUUCAGAUAGCAUAUAUUAAUGCUACUAACAAAUCUGUUUUUUUCUUUUCUGAAUAUGGGUGGGAACCUUGUCUUUGGUGCUUACUGUUACCUUUUGUAAGUAGAGGAUAUACUGAAGGAAACUCUGGAGUCCCUCUCUUGUAUUCCCCUUACUAUGAAUUGUACAGUUGAGAGUUUAAACUUAUUAGCUGUUUUCAAAGAAA